AUCCCAUCUGGUUGUUAACUUGUUAACCUGUGAGCGCAGCUUUGGACUUAACAAAAAGGGAGUAACUUGCUUAGGAACUCUCGCUUCUUUUUUUCUCCUCUCUCUCUCUCUCUCUGUGCGAGCGUAUUUCCUCGUUUUCUUCUCUCUUUUCCUGGGAAAACCUCAGCUUCCACAGAUCACCGAGACUCAAAACUAAUAUUGCUACUCUGUUCUUCACCUACUCUGCACUUCUGAGAUUUCUUCAUUUGUGAGGUGUCAUACUCCCCACAGAGAGAGAGAGAGAGAGAGAGAGAGAGAUGGAUAGGAAGGGUGUGAUAUGUGGGGUCGUGGGGUUCUUGGGGCUGCUUUCAGCUGCGACGGGUUUCGCCGCCGAGGCCACCAGGAUAAAGGCUUCUGAAGUGACACAGUGUGAAUAUCCACGUACUCCUGCUGUGAGUCUAGGUUCAACAGCUGUGCUAACUCUCUUGAUCGCCCAAGUGAUCAUUAGUAUGGCAACUGGGUGCAUUUGCUGCAGAAGAAACACUCAUCCAUCGACCUCUAGUGGGACUAUUGCAGUUAUCUGCUUCAUUCUUUCCUGGAUCACAUUCGUCAUCGCGUUCUUCUUGUUGCUAACAGCGGCUGCUCUAAACGACCGGCAUGCUGCAGCAAACAGGUACGACUGGUAUGGAAAUUGUUAUGUCGUGAAACCUGGUGUGUCCGCAGGAGGUGCCCUCUUGUCCCUUGCUACAGUUACCCUUGGAAUGAUCUCAUAUCUCGCCCUGACUUCAGCAAAAAAUAACGCCGACCAAGGCUGGGGCAACGCGCCUCUGCCUAAUCAAGGAGGUGUGGCUAUGGGACAACCACAAUUCCCUCCUCAAACCGGUGCUGAUCCUGUUUUUGUACACGAGGAUACCUAUAUGAGACGGCAGUUCACAUGAUGUGUAUGUGAAGAUCAUGGGGAUACACCUCUCCGUAGGUGGCUGCCCACCGUCAUGAUAAGGACUGCAGCGUUUGCAAUCUGCUUUAAAGACCAUCUUUUAUGUGUAAUGUUCUCUGUCUAGGACAAUUCUUCCCCCUCUCUUUUAUGUUUCUGUUUGAUAAGGAAACGGUAUACUGGCGUAGGCCAUAUUGCGCGCCCACUUAUUUAGUGCAUCGUACAUUUUCUUGAUAGUGAAUUAGAUGGUUCGAGUGUAACGAUA